GUAGGGCGGAAAAAACGCUGGCGGCCAUGGCCGGCCCGACCCACCUUCAGGUCGCCGUCAGUCACCAGAUAAUGGCCCUGCAGACCCUGCGAGUCUUGCAGCAGCAGAGGGACAGAAACUUGGGCCAGCCUUCCGCAGCCCUGGGGCAGGCCGGCCCGAGAGGGGACGGAGCGAAGGCCCAGGGCUCGGCGGUGGUUGCGUCGGGAGGUGAUGGGGGCGCCGCCUCCGGGCCCCGGGCCACAGGUCAGUGCGAGAUGGCUCUCAUGGCCGUGCGCACCGUGCUGGCCCGCGUCGUCGAGGCCACGUCGCAGCUUAUUCAGGUGGAGCAGACGCUCCUGACCCCGCUGCAUGAAGAACUGAACUUACCCGUCUACUUGAAAGAUAGUGUUGAUUUUAGAAACAUCUGCAAUCAUAUGGCCCGGCAGCAGGGACAGGCUUUCGAUCAAGACUUGAACGAAGCAUACCAGUGCCUGAAGACCAUCAUCAAGAAGCUGAUCCAUUCAGUGCUGCAGCUCCCAGCUGAUGUCCGUAGGCUGGCCUGCAUCGCGCUGAGAAAGGUUCUCCAGAAUCUUCUGAAUCUGUAAAUGUUAUCGAUAUGUAAAUUGAAGCCAGUGUGGCCAUAAGCUUUAGCUAAGAAGAUGUUGUAUGUAGGUUUUAGUAGCAAACAGGAAACUUGGAGCAUUGUUACAUCCAGCAGAGUUGAGGAUUGUAUGAACAGACCCCUUAGAAUUCUUUUCACAUUUAUAACAGUCAGUAACAGGUAGCUAAAAUUUUCAGGGAUUUUGCCAUUUUUCCAACUUAUGGAUAAGAAUAUAGUUUGCUUUGGUUAUGUAAUUGGAUUAAGUGCAUUAAUUGCCUCAUCAGAUAUUCCUUUUGACUUGUGUUUAUAUAUGUAUAUAUAU